GAGCGGCAGCGGCCGCGCACGCGCAGCUGCACGCGGAGCCGGCGGCCCCGCGCAGGCGCCUGUCGGGGACAAGAUGGCGGCGCCCGUGGACCUGGAGCUCAAAAAGGCCUUCUCCGAGCUGCAGGCCAAGGUGCUGGACACGCAGCAGAAGGUGAAGCUGGCAGACAUCCAGAUCGAGCAGCUGGCCAAGAGCAAGAAGCACGCGCACCUCACCGACACCGAGGUGAUGAUGCUGGUGGACGAGACCCGCAUGUACGAGGGCGUGGGGAGGAUGCUCAGGUUGGCUGGUAACCCUGAAGUAUCUGCUGCCUGGCUGGAUCCAGAGGCUCUGCAUUUCAUAGCAGUGUUUAUUCUUCAGUCCAAAGGAGUGAUUCACAACCAGCUUUUGGAAAAACAGAGAAUAGCUGAAGAGAAAAUUAAAGAGUUAGAGGCAACUGAGAAUGAAAAGCUGGAGCAGGGAGUAGACCUUUGGAGGAAGGGGAUGAGCUGGAGCCUAGCAACCAUGGGCUGGCCCAAACACAGAGGCAGAGGAUGCAAGGAGGGCUGCAAGUCAACAGCAAGGAUGAUGAAAACAGGAGUUCAGGGAUGCUUAGAGGUGGGGUGUGGAAGGCUGUGAAGUGUUUGUCCCACAGAUACCACCAGGCUGGCAGAGCUGGCUGGACUGGAACAGCCUCCGGGAUGACCUCAGAGCUGUACUGUCAGCCUGUCCCUGGGCUCUGGGACCUGGUUUGAUUGGGCAGUGCUUGUGUCAGCAGCUUGCUCAUGCCACAGCUGCCUGGGACAGCACACUGGGCAGAGAUGCAGUUUCCUGUCUAGACCCCAGUAAUGGUGGGCAGGAGGG